UAGAACCUUCUUCGUGAAAGUGUAAGAAGUAAAAUCUUAUAAAUAAAAUUGCAUAAUGUGCUCAGUUGCAGUCGAAUUGAAUGGAAAUAACACAAAAAUGUCAUCUCUUCGUGUGAGUUUCCUGUAAUAUGACUGGAUACUAUUACCUAGACGUAUCACUUGACACAGAUAGUCGACCAGAGCUGCUUUUACCCACUUACUUUAAAGGAAAAAUUGAUCAAUCAUUGCAAACGGUUUUCGGUGAAAUCGGUGGCCAUACAACAGUUGACAUAUUGAAAUUUGAUCAAAACAAUCAGCGUGCAAUAAUACGUGUGCCCAGUGCUUAUUACGUUAAGCUCCGUGCUGCUCUCACUUUGAUUUCAUCAUUCCAAGAAAUCCCCUGCUGUAUCAAAGUUAAUACCGCAUCGCCGGUACUGUUAUCAUUAUUGGAUUCGUCGUGGUCAUAGUCAAAUCGAUCGAUCAAAAAUGUCACUGUGCAAAGACUUUGGCAAAGAUAAAGUCAUAUUCGCUACGAAGGAAGACCACUCCACACCGAGCACUGUGCAGCUAGCACCUACAGAACCGGCGCCUGGACUCAUAUUGGAAUCUGGUGAUAUCAAUUGGAAUUGUCCGUGCCUCGGCGGAAUGGCAACAGGACCUUGUGGAGUAGAAUUUCGGGAUGCGUUCUCAUGUUUUCAUUACAGUCAAGAGAGUCCCAAGGGAUCGGAUUGCUUCGACGCAUUCAAAACGAUGCAGGAAUGCUUUUCCAAAUAUCCGACCGUGUACAAUAAAUCUGGUGACGAUGAAAACGACGAUUUGGAUGAAGUGCUUAACGUAAGCAGUCCAACCGACAAUAAUAUAGAUUCGGUGGAUCAAAUCGAUGAACCCAAAGAGAUUGAGCAAAAAACGCAACAAAGUUCAAAAGAAAUUUCGGCCAAAUGAUUCCUUAAUAAUUGUAAGUGGAAAAUGGGACAGGUCUCUUGUUAAAACACAAAAUUUAGUGAAAUGUUAUUAAUUUACGAAAUAAAA